AUGAGUGUAAAAGGGAGGACAAUCGGGCUUACGUGUAUCCCAAAAUCAGAUGCACGGGUUGAGAAGCAUGAGAGAAUAAGCCUUCCGAUGAUAGACCUUGGUGGGUUGAACCAAAAGAUGAGUACCCGGUCCCUCGUGGUUGAAGAUAUUGGGAAUGCUUGUUCACGUCUCGGUUGCUUUAAGGUUAUAAACCAUGGGAUUAGCAAGUCCGUUAUAAACGGAGCGCUAGAAGCUGCCGCAGGUUUCUUCGCACUCUCCGAAGAAGAGAAGAAAGAAUAUGCAUCGGAAGAUGUUCACCAGCCUGUAAGAUACGGAGUCUGCACCAAAGACGACAGAAUUAUCAAGCCGAGAGAUUUCUUAAAACAAUACGCUAACCCCCUCGACGAGUGGAUCAAAUUCUGGCCACAUUCUCCACCCGACUACAGGGAAAAGAUGGGCAAGUUCGCAACAGAAGUGAAAAGAGUAGCCCUGCAACUUAUGGAUGCCAUCUUUGAGAGCUUAGGUCUCGGGAAGGCAUACACAAGAGAAAAACUCGAGGAGGGGAUGCAAGUAAUGACAGUUAACAACUACGAGAAGAGUUCUCAAUUAAAAGACUUGAUGCUAGGGUUAGCCGCUCAUUCUGACUAUGGUUACAUCACUAUUCUUCUCCAGAGUUGUGAUGGUCUUGAGAUUGUCGAUAAAAAUACCAACACUUGGAAAGCAGUGCCAGCAGAAUCAGAGGCAUUGCAUGUGCACAUUGGUGAUUAUCUUGAAGUUUUGAGCAAUGGACAAUAUAAGAGUGUUGUUCACCGAGUUAUUCUCAAUUGUAAGAAGAGAAUGUCAAUCGCCAGCAUCCAUGGGCUUUCGAUCGAUGAUAUGGUUAUCCCUGCCAGUCAGCUUGUGGAUGAACAACACCCAAAAGGAUACAAAGACAGUAGUUUCAGAGAUUUUCUCUCCUUUAUCUCUAUGAAUGACUUCACCAAAGGAUGCAACUUCAUUGACAGUCUGCGCACUGAUAACAGCUAGGUCAAAAUUUUCGGGUUAUUUGCACUUUAUAUCCCCAUAGCUUCACUUAUUUUUUAACUUUGAUACCCAAAAGUUAUAAUUUGAGAAUUUGAUACCUCAAUGUUUUCAAACUGACACUACUGAUAUUUUAGUAAGAAAAUUAGUGUCAAUUUUUUUUCCACAUUGGGGUAUCAAGGUAUAAAAAUAGAACUUCAGGGCAACAAAGUUGAAAAAAAGAUAAAACUUUGGUGUAUCAGAGUGCAAACCCUUUUUUUUUUAAUUGGCUUUA